CAUUGAAAAGAAAGAAAUUCAAACCAACAAAACAUACUGUUCUGUGUGGUAAACAUUUCAAAGAAGACGAUUUUCAUUUAGUUUUACCAAACACAACUAAGAAAAGACUAAAAAAUGAAGCAAUUCCGACAUUGUUUGACUUUCCAUCAAAUAUCCAACCACCGCCAAAAAAACAGAGGAGGGUUGUCAUCAAAAAGAAGUUACCCGUACCUAUUCAGCCACCUAGUGCAGAUCUUCGAUUUGAAGCCAACACGUCUAUGUCAUCGGUUCUGCUGCUGCCGUUGGAACACGACCAGUCAGUUUCCACACCAAACGAGCAAAAAUCAACAGUUGGCCUACAUCAAACACCGGAUAAGCGGAAAACUGCAUCACCAUCCACAUCUCUAUCUCCCAGAAAAGUGCUAUUGCGCCGGAAGGUUAAAGCUCUAAAGCAAAAAUUAAAAAGAAGGGACUGUAAAUUAAGGUCAAUGAAAGAAUUGAUUUCAAAUUUGAAAAACAAAUUUAAAGCACCAGAUUCGUUAAUCGAAAUUGUAGAAAACAACUUUACAGGGUUGCCUUUCGAGUUAUUGUUGAGUAGCCUGAAAAACAAAGGAAAAAG